CCACUAGGGCUGCCGUCCCCUGGUGCCCGCUCAGCCCGGAAGUGCGCGGGGGGGGAAGGCGGCAGCGCGGCCUGGUCGCGGGUGGCGGCCAUGAGCAAAAGGAACCAGGUCUCCUACGUGCGGCCGGCCGAGCCCGCCUUUCUCAGCCGCUUCAAGCGGCAGGUCGGGUAUCGGGAGGGGCCCACGGUGGAAACCAAGAGGGAGCAGCUUCCACUUGCAGAUGAUGAUAGUGACAACGAAGAUGAGCAGCCUCAAGUAGUAACACUGAAAAAAGGGGACUUGACUGCUGAGGAAGCAAUGAAAAUUAAACAGCAAAUCAAAGAGGCCUUAAAGUCAAAUGAAUCAGAUGGUGAACCAGAACCUGCUGAUGGAAAAAUUAUGUUCAAGAAACCAGCCAAACGUUCAUCAGAGAAAGUUUUGGACUUCAAUGUAAGUUCAAGUAAGAAGAUGAAAGAGGCAAAGAAAACUAAGAGAGAAGCAACUACUUCUCCGAGUACAGCUAAGCAAAUAAAAAACAGCAGUCUUCUCUCAUUUGAUGAUGAGGAAAAUGAUGAUUAGGAGUUAUAUUUUUUUCUAUUGUACUUAUCCUUCUAUGGAUGUAAGAUUGAGUGUUUUCCUAGAAAUUUAAGCAUGGUGUCUGAGUCUUUUCUUACUUAGUUAUAGUCCAGCUACAGGAACUUAGUAUAAAACUAGCAAGACCUAAGUCUUUGCAGUUCAGAUAGAACUGUGUGAAUAGCAUGUCAUGUAUUUAUUUUAAAAGACAAUUUAACCAUGUAUGUAAAAGUUAUUUGAGGUUGCACAUUAGUAGCAAAAUAUACCUGUACAUAUUCAGCUUAUAUAAAUUUUCAAUCAAUACAUUUUAAAAUGUCCUCCAUUACUAAAAAUGUAUUUCUUUUCUAUUUACUGGCCUAAGUUGGCAGUUGUGUGUUUUUUACCUGUUAUUGUUGGCUUGACAUUCAAAAGAGAGAGACUUCAUUGCUGUGCAACAGGCUGAACUUUUCUGUCUCAUAGCUUAACAAAUGUUUGCACUAACAUUGGCAUGUGUGAUUUGGCAGAUCAGCUCUAUGCAGAGCCCUACCAGUAAAGAAGCCUGCACUUGCUACAGUUAUGUGAUCUUAAUCCUGUGAAUGCAAUCUAAAAAGUAUCAAAUUCAUUUGAAUUGUUUGUGCUAACAAGAUUAAAAAAAAAAAAAUGUGGUUGAUUGUAUCAACUAAUGCAAAAGAAAGAUGCCCAAACCCUUGGAGAUUGUUCAGUUUUGUUAUCACACUGAUGGACUUUGUGGUUUGAUGGUGGGGUUGUUUUUAUUUAAGUAUAUAUUUGUUCCAGUUGGCUACAUAUGUGUUCCUAAUUAUUGGGGAUAUCAAACAUCUUAUUUAAAAAAAAUCAGUUUAAUCUUUAAGCUGUGGAAAAGCAUUAUUUUCUCCAAAUAGGAAACUGCAAGCAGGAAAUUUAAGUCAAGAAAUGUUAUAGCUGUGAUACAAAGUUUUAAAAUUUUUCAGUGACCCAUGUACAGUACACUGAAAGUCACCAUUUCUGUACCAUUUAUGUAAUAGGAUGUGCUGACAUUCAAAAUAACACUGUGAGCUGAUGGAAUUGGGGAGAACAAGGUGGUAGAAGUGGGACUAGUGGCUUUGAAAAAACGUGGAAGCAUGGGCUAUUCUGUAACCAUAUUUAAGCACGACCUGAGACUGCUGCAGAAUUACAGGGUACAAGGCAAGGAAACCAGUUCUGCUGCUGCAUGACAGGACAUUCAAAAUUAUUUGGGCUGUAAAGCUUCAUUGAGGAGCAAAUUAGAAGUUGCUGUGUGAAACGGCUGGUUUUAGUUUGUUAAUCUGGUAUUAAACAAUAAAUUAUGUUUUCUAUAAGUGGCCUAGAGAUAUUUUAAUGAAAAUUUCAGUGCAUAAAAUGCGAUUUUCUGUCACCUGGUGAUGAAGCCUCUUAUGACUGCUACCUGUCUCCGUACAUACCAGCUUCCUGGAUCAUAAGAUCAGAUGCCAGUCUGCAUACUAUUUCACACUAAUUCUGUGAGUGCAUGUUACCCUGGUUUUCAAAAUGAAUGGAUACGUUGUCCUUUCAGAAAAUUAAAACCAGACCUAUAAAUGCAUAUUUAAGUCUUCCUAUAGCGCCAGUCUGAUACUACAACUGCCAGGGAGGUGCAGUGUGACAACCUGAUUAUUCCCAUGAGGACAUGUUACAUAUGUAAAUAUUAAUACAUAAUUUGUAUGGAUUCUGCAUAUCUAAAGAAGAAAACCAAACGUAGGAAGAAGAAAUACAGAAUCAAAGGUUCCCGGGAAUUGCUCUUUCGGUUUAUUUUAUAUACUACAAACUUGUUUGAAUCUAUUUAUAUAUAUAUAUACACACACACACACAUACCCCUGUGAGAAAUCUUAUAGCAUUACAGUAUACGGAAGGAAUAUUUGGACAUAUUUCAACAACUGCCUAAAUACUCUUGACUUGCUCAGACUCAUCUGAAAGAAUGAAUUAACCAUCGACUGCUUCCUUCAACUUUUCUAGUUCUGUUCAUCAGCACAAAAAUAUACUUACAUUUUUCUUGCACAGCCGGAAAGCUUUUCACUUAUGCUGCAAGGCAGUUUAGGAGACGUGGCUAUAAAGAGAUAAAUGCUUGCCAAGAAUCAGAGGGAACUUGGAUUUACCUUAAAAUUAGAGGGGGCCUCCCAAAUAUGCAGCUGAUUUGGCAUGUUCAAAAUAAGAUUGAGGUCUUGUUUGAAUGUGGUUAAACAAAAAUUUCUGUCUCUAGUGAAAGACUUGUGAGACUGAAGUCCGGUAAAAAGAGGGUUACCUCAAAAUAUUGUUUGCAGUACCUUUGCUUAAUCAUGCUCCUUGCCUUGCAACUUCAUGACAGAUGUUUGGAAUGCAAGUAGAUUAAUUGGAUUUACUUGGAAAUAAUACAAUGACAGGCAUGUUGUUCAUCAGGCAACACAGCAGGGAAAUGAGAGGUGGAUACGAAACGCAGUUUAUUUCCGUGAUUCUGACUCCAAUUCAUAGUGCUCUGACCAGUAGGAGACCUUUGUAUUCAUUGUAUUUCACUCCCACUUCACCUAACAAUAACUAAUUGGAUAUAUUUAGCAAGAGGUGUGAGUGAUGCACAAAAGCAUUUUAGUCAAGUAGUCAUGUGAAAAUUCUGUGUUCUUAGUGUGAAACACCAGGAAAAUUACACACGCCAUCAACUCCCUGUGAAACCUGUGACUAAAGGGAACAAUUACUUGUUCAUUUAGGAAAGAAACGUGCAACUGUCUUAAGCAAUCACCUGCCUUAAGCAAUGGGCCAUGGAAAAAAAUAAUCAUCACAACAACUUUCUAAUAAAAGGGAACCCAAAGUGCGUACAUGGAUCAUUGGGCUAGAGAUGGAAUGGACAGCUGUCCUGGGUUUUUCUUCUUGUACUCCCCCCCACCCCCAGUAAUUUUUCCCCCCUUUAGUUAGGGAAUAGUAUAUGUAUUUUCUUCUGGUGGAGCUUGCUCAGCUGAGCGUGAGAGAAGCACCGUGGAGGAGCAACGUGAAAGUAGCUGAGGCUGGUUACUUAAUAAAGGAAUCUUGUACAGUGUUUAUUUAAUAAAACCUUUGAAAUUUC